GAGAGGUCAGUCGUUUCAUCUCUUGAUCGCCGAAGUGAUAUUCAGUGUCUUCCUACGAAUUACGUCAAAACAGGAAGCCAAUUAGGGUGAAGAAGAUUUAAUUUGGACGGCAACUGAUAAUCAUAAACAAGUUGGGAUAGAACAUCGUUGUUUACCGGCACAGAAUGAGAUUUAAAUUUCUUCUUUUCUUUUCGAAUCUUUGUUGGGUUUUUCAGAUAAAUUCUGCUGAAGUAAUUUGUAGUGAAGAUAUUCAUAUUGUUUGCCCAAAUAAAGACAUUUACGAGAUUUUCAGUGAAAGCAGUUUUUCAAUUCUAAAGGAUGAGAUGCUGAUUAAGCACUGCAGGGACAUAAUUAUGGACAUCGAGUGCAAAAGCAACUUUUUAUUAUCAUGCCAAGAACAGUCGCAUUCUUCUUAUGUAACGAUGACCAAUGGCAUCAAAGGAGUAUUUACUGACAUGUGUAAUGAAACAUCUAGUUUACGAAGAGAUUAUCUGCUUCAUGGUCCAUGUAUGAGUAAUCAAACUGAAGAAUACGAUGAAUGUCUCUUAAAUUCUAUUGUGAGUGUGGCACAUGAUGAAAGCGAAAAUUUCGUAGACAAAAUGAGUUCCAAAAAGAUAAUCGAAAGAUUUUGCAGGUUGUAUCGUUUGUUCAAAGAUUGUGCAACCACUAAAACUCGAGAGAAUUGUGGUGAUGCUGCAGCAGAUCAUUUUGAUAUUCUCAUGACAAGAGCAAUUCAAGAUUUACAAAAUGCUAAGUGCUCAUAUCUAGAUAUAUGAUUUAAAUUCGUCCAUCAAUUUUGUAAUCUUAUCUAUUUUCAUAGUUAUAUGAUCAUGAACUGCAUUGUGUAUAUUCAUUCAUUUGUAAAAUAAAAUAUCAACAAAAUAUGUCA